AUGAAUAAGAAAAAAGGUCAUUCGUCCUCAAGCCAAAGAGCUGCUCAAUCAGCAUCACAGAGGACCCAAGCUCCAAGUACUACGCCUGUACAAAGUCAUUCAUCACAUCAGAAUACUGCGCCUGCACAGAGUAUUUCACCACAUCAAAAUACCACGCCCGUACAAAUUGAUCCACCACAUCAAAAUACCACGCCCGUACCAAAUCCUGAACCACUUCAAGAUACAGAUGAUCCAAUAGCAUUUUUUGCUCAAAGGGAAAUCGAUUACAUCGCCACUUUUGCUGACGCUCCAAUAAUUCCAGAUCCUCCAAAAAAACAAAAAGAACCACUUAAAAUAAGAAUAGAAGAAAUUUUACACAAUGACGAUAAUAAUACAUUAAUUAAAUUAACAAAUCUUACGUGCAAAGAUUUUCGAGAUCUUAUAAGACUUUUCAUCCCUUCAAUUGAAUUACAUCAUUAUAAGAAUACUAGGGUUUCAAUGGAAGCACGUUUAUUAAUUACAUUAACAUGGCUUAAACACGCUCCUGGAUUCGAAGAAUUGGCCGAUAAAUUCGGUAUCAAAAAGACACACACAAGGCAAAUUAUCAUUGAUGUGAUCGAUGCAAUUGGUUCUAAAAUCGGCCGAGAAUAUGUGAAAUGGCGAUCAUUUAUUAAAUGGGAUGAUCGCGAAAAAUCAAAAGAAUAUCCUUAUAUGUUGGGAGCACUUGAUGCCACAGUUCAAGAGAUACCCAGAAGUGCCAAUCAAGAAAAAUAUUAUUCAGGCAAACAUAAAAUAUGCUGCAUCAAAACUCAGUGCUUUGUAAGCCCAAAAGGAUUUCUUUUACAUUAUUCCAAACCAAUCAGAGGAAAGAGACAUGAUUUUCAUUUGUUUAGGAAAUCCAACACAUUGAUAAGCAAAUUAAAAGCAGAAGCAGAUAAGAUGAAAGCAGAAAUCGAUCAAAUACCAGUCCUUUUGGCAGACUCUGGCUAUCAAGGAAUUCAUCAAAUUAUUCCAUGGGCAUUAAUUCCAUACAAGCGCAGAAAAAAUAGCGAAUUAACUGCUGAGCAGAAGACAUUCAAUAAAAAAUUGUCAAGCAGCAGAAUAAUUGUGGAAAAUUACUUCUCCAGACUCAAACAAUAUUGGAGAGUAAUUGGAGGAAAGUGGCCCUUACAUGUUGAUAAUGAUCUCACUUUUUAUCACAAAACAUUUGGCAUGUGCGCUGGCUUGACAAACAAACUCUUGUACAGGAGGCCACUUCGUAAAGGCGCAGAAAAAUGGGAUUUCCUUGACUUAGACAGCAUGGAUGAAACAACAGAUGCAUAUAAUUACACAGAUUCAGCUUCAGAGAGUGAUAGCGCCAACUUAUAUUGA